UUUGGGCCGCUUGUGAGAGCCCUGAAUUGGAUCACACAGACGGACCCAGAAACGCCAGUGUGAAAGUAAAUGUACUCGCCCUUUCUCUACUAAAAGCCCAGCUUAAACUACUGCUCAUGUUGGGUGUAGGCUAGAGAGAGCGGAGGUGUAGACCAACCGACCAUUUUUUUUAUUCCUGAGAAAACAAAGCAACGGAGUACUUGGUGCCCUCUUAUUUUUUAAUUUCUGCUUCAGGUUCCUUUGUAAUCAUCCAAACCGGCCAGGUGCUUCUCAGAGGACCUACUACGUCCAAGCCUGCAGAGGGCCACCUGGGGGCUGUCAGACUACCGGAGGGAAAUACAAAAGCGCCUACAAUGUGGUGGGCACCAGGGCUCCCAACCCGAGUCUAAGCCCAAAAAUCACAAACGGGCAAUUUUUUUAUGGACAAAUGGAGAAAAAACGUAAUGAAUAAUGAAGAUUAUAACUCAUACAUGUCUAUAGCUCAAUAUACCGGUAAUAACUCAUUGCCAGAAUUUACUGUGAGCUGAAAAAUUAUAAUUUCCACCCAAAUCUAGUCAAGCACCGCCAGCCUCCAAACAAUCAGGGACAGAUACAUUUUUUUCACCACACAGGGUAAAAUGUCGCCUACAUUUACAGACAACCCUGUGGAUACACAAGUCCUGUGUACAACUCAGACCUGGCUAUAUGUGGAAGUGAGGGAGGUCGGCGGGAGACAGAAGCAGCAAGGACACUACAAGGGCGCAGCUGCCUCCAUGGAAAGCCGCAGGACGACCGCGACACAGCGCGUCCUCCAUACAUCGCUCGUCCUUAUCACCCAGUCUGAGGGGAAAGAAACCUCUCACACACAGCAGCAGUUUCCUGUUUGCGGGCUUUUGAGUGUCCCGGAAGUAUUGCUGGGCGCAGGCCGUGCAUUACCCGGAAGUAUAUAGAGGCUCCCCCUUCCUGGUCCGCGGGAAGUUUAAAUCUUUGUAUUCCUGAUACGCUGCAGGGCCAUGGCUGCGGAGUCACAGAGCCUCCUGGAGAGGAUCGCGGGCCGAUUACAGGGGGCUCAGGCUUCUAGGACAAGACAAAAGUCUCCACCCCGGCUACUGAGUUACGAAGGCGAUUACAGUCCUCAGUUGCCUUGUGUACACGAGUUAGUCCUGACCGAUUCAGCAGAGGACAAUUCUCCUCCAAAGCAACUUUCACAGGAAAGCAAUAGGGCCAAACAACCAGAAUCCAAAUGUUCUCUGACAGCUAAUCUCCCCAGCUCAGUUCAAGAGAAACCAAGGUCCCGAAUAGUAGAAACAGAUUCCAGUGAUGAAGAGUUUGAGAAAUUUUUAACAGAACUAAAAACGCCAAAAACCUCAACUAAAGUUGUGGAUAAACAGAACAGCUUGAAAGUGUUCAUUGUUGAAUCGGAUGAUGACUUUGAUUCAGUAUUUUCUAAAAGUUGGAAAACGCCUAAAACUAAAAAUGGGAUCAAGACCCAUGGUAAAGGAUCUAAAAGUUCUCGGGAAACAGUUGCAUCUCUGCAGUCGAGUUCUCCAGUGUUUAUAAGCGACAGUGAUGAUGAUUCAAUAGUUAUUAAAAGCACGUGGCGCGACAGACAUAGAACAGAUCGUAACAUAAAGACAGAUAAUGGAUCUACCUCAAAGCCUGUGAAGGAAAGUGGCAAGGAAAAUAAUUCGGAGACAAACAGUGUGGGUGGACAUGAUGCAAAGAAAUGGCCAGCUAGGAAUCAGCCCAAGUUCCUGACUUCUGGGAGCUCUGAUGAUGAGGAGUUUGAAAGUCUAAUGGACCGCAUUAAAAACCGGACAAAGAACCAAACGCCUAGUUCAGCUGCAAGUAAAAUCAAACCAAAGACUGCUGCAACAGAACCAGCAAAAGUGCCAUGCUUUGAUCUAACAAACGCAAAGGAAAGGAAACCCAGAUCGCAGACAGACCUGUUUUCAAGUCCAUACUUUUCUAAAGAGAAGGUUCUGAAGGAACCAGAUCAUUAUGUGGAGUGGACCCCUACAGAGAAAACGAGACGUCUGUGUAAAGUAGAAGGCUGCUUCCUUGAAGAUCUUUCCUGUUCAACGUCCAUAUAUGUGAAGAGUUUCAAGCAAAGAAAACAUGAGUUGACAACACGAUUGUACAACCUUUACAACAAAACCGUAUUUGAGCAGAAGCUUCCUGAGAAUUUAGAAAUAACAUGGAAUAAAAAGAUGAGAAAAACCGCUGGUUAUUGUGUUACAGGGCAGAAAAGGCAAACAUUGGAUCGCUAUGCCAGGAUAGAAUUAUCUGAGAAAGUUUGUGAUUCUGCAGAUCGACUCAGAGAUACGUUAAUCCAUGAAAUUUGCCAUGCUGCCACUUGGCUCAUUAAUGGAGUAAGAGAUGGGCAUGGGCAGUACUGGAAACUUUAUGCUCGAAAGUCCACACUUGUACACCCAGAGUUACCAAUGGUGAGCCGAUGUCACACUUAUGAAAUAAACUACAAGUUCACCUAUGAAUGCUCACGUUGCAAAAACACAAUUGGACGCCACUCAAAGUCUCUAGACACAGAGAAAUUUGUCUGUGCUUUAUGUAAGGGAACACUUGUGCUACAGACCACAUCCCGAAAAGAUGGAAGUCCCUCUGUUUAUCAGCUAACUCCAUUUGCAAAAUUUGUUAAAGAGAACUAUGGGUCUACAAAGAAAGAAAUGGCCGGAAUGAGCCAUGCAGAAGUGAUGCGGAAGCUUAGUUCUGAUUUUUCCAGCAAGGCAAAAAUUUCCAGUUGACUAUCAUGAAUGUGAACUUUUUUAAAUGUGAAGUUGUGUCUUAAUUAUGAGACGAGUCAACCUAGUUAGUUCAUUCUUGUUCUUCCUUUUCCAGUCUCUCCCUCUCCUUCUUGAUUGACAGGGCUAGGUGUGAUGACUAACCAGGACUCUUGUCCUUGUCCUGUCAGUCAAGGAGAGGCAGGAAAUUGAUGGAGGAAGCAGGGGGAGCAAGGGUGCACAGAGUGACUUGAGGCCACCCUUGGUGCCCUCUUCCCCUCAUUUGCAUGAGUAAAAGUAUUUUUUCUCUAAAAUGAAGCAAAAGCUCCCCAAGUGAAGCAUUACAUUCAGCUUAGCUAGCCCUACUAGGCAUUGUCUAGUUUAGCAGUGAAUUUCCUGGUGACAGGCUGCCGUUAUAGCGUAGCUUUCAUGGGAUUGUGUUAAAAACUGGUAUGCUUACCAGAUAGUAUGGCCCCCCCCUCCCCCGCCAAAAAAACAACUCCAUUCUGCCACUGUGCUCCUUGCUGGUUUUUGGCGCCAGAUAUGUUAAUUUAGACCAUUGCUACAAGGAGGAAUAGACAUGUAGUCUUCUCAUUUGGCAGGCUGCGACGCUGUCAAUUGCAGCAGACCGUGUCACAGCCAGGGAGAUGGGGAGCUGUUUUUUCUUUUCUCCCUGGCUGUGACGCAGUCCGCAGCGAUUGGAUGGUGUCAGUCAGGGAGAAGGAGACGCACAUUGAGAAAGCAAUGUGUCUCCUCUUUCCUGUACUGAUGUUCUAAAUGAACAUAUCAGACACUGGCACACACUAUGGGGCCACACUAUGUGGUAAGCAUACCAGUUUGUACCACCGUGAAAGGUCUUCUUUAAAGAGAACCUGUUGGCACAAAAUGCUGUGCAAUCUGCAGGCAGCAUGUUAUAGAGAAGGAGUAGUUGAGCAGAUUGAUAUGUAGAUUUAUGGGAAAAGAGUACGCGUAAUUUUAUACAUUUAAAUCUCUGCUCUUUCUGAACUGAAUACCAUUGUUGUGCACAGCUAUCAGUGACUGACAGCUAUCUCUGUAUACACAUACAGGGAAUGUUGGCAAACACAUUGUUAAGAUUACCUUCGUGUACAACUGAAUAAAAAAAAGCUGAGAGAUAAAUGUAUAAAUUACAAGUUUUAUUGAAUUUUUUCCCCCCAGAAAACGACAUCAAUCUGUUCAGCUCCUGUUGCUCUGUAACAUGCUGCCUGCAGAUUGUAUUGCAUUUUGUGGUGACGGGGUAUUUUUAACAGAGUGAAUUGUGUAAAGUUGUCAGGCUAUUGUGUUUGAUAUCUG